AUGCGUAGAAAUGAGCUGUCUGAAGCUCAAUGUAAAAGAAUUAUCAGUGCAUAUCUGAGUGGUACUAAGCAAACGGUUAUUUUAAUUCAGCUUGAUAUUCCUACUAGCACUGUUCCUGAUGACAUUAAGCUUUAUGUUGAUGACCCAAAAGGGAUAGCAAAAGCGUUAGAACAAGAUGAUAUGAUUUCUAAGCAUUUUAAUAUCGAUUACAUUGAAGAGGGGCUCCUUUCUCUUAAUGAAGUUUUAUCAUGUAUUCCACCACCUGUUGACUAUCCUCCUGAUACUAGUACCUCAAUUGACUCAACAAGAGUGGGUGGCAUUUGGCCUUCAAGAAUAACACGUUGGGAAGAAAUUUUAACAGCAGUAAAUCAGCACAACUUUGAUGAAAUCAAGAGAUUUGAGAGACCACAUUUUAAUGAAGAUCUGAAAAUUGUCGUUGAAACAAACGUAUAUACUGCUAUGGAAACAAAUAUGUUUACUGUAUUAAACAAAGUAAUGGAGAAAUAUUUAUUUUGGAAGCAGAAGGACUCUGACUUCCCAAGGGAUGACCCUAAUAUUGGUCCUUUCAUUCCAGACUACACUUGUCGUCUCAUUAACAAUGGGAUUCAUGGGAGACAAAUCUUGGCACUCGAAAUCAAGAGACAAAUCAUUGUAGAGGGGUUGGUGCAAAUCAGUAAUGAAGACCUUGAAGAAGAAAAUUUCAGUGGACAUUUACAUAACGUAAUUCGGCAAAUUUACAAUUACCUAUCAUCAUCACAACUUCAAUACGGAACACUUUCAAGCUAUGAUUAUCAUUGGUUCAUGUAUCGACCAAAAAAUAAUCAUACAGAGUUACACAUUUCACAUGCUCUUCAACGUGAUUCAACCAGUCCAUCAGUUUUUAAGGCGUAUGCAUAUCUAGCUCAGUUAGCAGAAAGAGAUCCCACAUCCCCACAUCAUAAUAUAAUUAAUCGUGGUAGGAGACAAAAUUUACCAUUACAAAGCUCCGAGAAUAUCCAGAUCCCCAGAAGUAUAGGCAGUUCUCAUUCUGGCUCAAAUGUGUCAUCCAUGUUUUCUGGCAAUCGGGAAACACGGCAACAAGAUAAUGAUGAAACUACGGAACAGGAUUUUGACUUUUCAGAAUUUAAGUUUAAGAGUUUUUUAGGACAUGGGCAAACCGGAGGGACUUACCGAUGUGAAUUCUAUAGACAAACAAUAGCUUUGAAGGCUUUAGAUCUUUAUAAGAAUGGCCAAUGUUUUUAUCAAAUGCAAAAAGAAAUCGAAACAUACAAACGUCUUUCUAAAAUUCAAGGAAAGUAUAUCCCAAAAUUGGUGUGUUAUGGUUAUUAUGGUGGCGGGAUGGGCUAUGUUAUGGGUACAACGAUAGUUGGCACUAUGUUGAGUUUCCAUAAGAUAAAGCAACAGCAAAAAAGUAAGGCUCUCAAGGCAUUAAAAAUAAUUCAUAGUCAUAACAUUCUUCAUAAUGAUAUUCGAAAAGAAAAUAUCUUAGUUAACGAAAAAGAAAACAAGCAUAUUUCAUCGCAUAGUUCAUCUCAGGAAACCUCUCCUUCACCUGUUGUCCGAAAAAUACCAUAUAAUCAGAAAGUUGAGCAAGUAGCUGAUGGGGAAGGCCAAGAUUUGGCUCAAUUAUUUUCUGAUGCUGAAGACGCAGAAGGCAAACGAUAA